ACGUUCGUUUACAAAGAAACGAUCGUUGUCAUUCUGACAUUUCUUACUUUCGUAAAAAUCAAUUUUCUACUGCUUCAUCGACAUUUGAUUUUUUUUAAUUACGACCUAGUUUAUUUCUAAUUAUUUGUAGAAAUAUAGUAGAAAAUAUUUGUUGAAAAAAUAAGUGUAUAAAGUUCUAAAAGAAAUGGGUGUCUUUGUUAUACGAUGACUGGCUAUAUGAAAGCUCAAAUUCAAGAUGGCCGACUGCGUGGGUUCGUUAAUGUUCGUGGAUACAGGUAACUGUAGUGGAUAAUUAACUGUAAGAAAAACGUUAAAAUCGUUUAAUCCAAGAUCGUCGAAAUUCGUUAGACAGUUUUGUCUUUUCAAGCUGAUUUUACCGACGUAUAAUUAUUGAGUAAGCUGGAGUCUGACUGCAGCAGCAUGGCGAGCCCAUCGCCACAAUCUUCUCCUAUGCCUCCGCCACAAGCUCCGAGUCCAAUGGGUCCUCCACAACAGGCUCCGUCUCCUUCUAAUCCUCAAGGUAGUCCAAUGGGUCCUCCACAACAUCAUCCGCACAGUCCAACGCAAGGAUAUCAAGGUGGUCCACCGAUGCCACCAGGUGGUCCUCCGAUGUCACAACCUCAGCAACAACCACCUUCACAACAACAAAAUUACCCACCUCAUCCUCAACAAAUGCCACCUAAUAUGGGUCCUCAGAAUCAAGGUGGAUCUGGUCCAAUAGGUCAGGGACCGAAUCCUCAACAAGGGCCGGUCGGCUCAAUGGUACCUGGUCAAAUAGGUCCAAAUGGGCCUCAAAGUGGCAGACCUGUUGGGAACAAUCCAAGUAAUCAAAUAGGACCAGGAGGACAAAUGGGACCCGGUAAUCAAAUGAGUCAAAAUGGACCUGCAAAUCAAAUGGGUCAAUUAGGGCCAGGAAGUGGUCCGGGUACACAAAUGGGACCAGGAGGUAGCCCUGGGGGACAAAUAGUAGGUCCAGGAAAUGGACCUACUGGUCCCGGAGGUCCAAUGGGACCUGGGAAUGGACCUAAUGGACCUGGUCCAAUGGGACCCGGUGGCGGUCCGGGUGGACCACAAUUGGGACCAGGGGGACAGAUGGUACCUAAUAGUCAGAUGUCUCAGAGUGGACCAGCUAAUCAAUUAGGACCGAAUGGGCCAAGUAAUCCAAUGGGUCCAGGAGGACCUACUAAUCAAAUGAGUCACGCAGUUGCUAGCGGUCAAAUGGGACCAAAUGGACUCGGUGGACAACCAUCGUCUAAUCAGAUUGGUCCCAAUACUCCUAAUCCAGGACAAAUUGUUCCUGGAAAUACCGGACCAAUGGGACCAGGCACACCAGUCAAUCAGAUGAGUCAAACUGGACCUGGUCAUAUUGGACCUAGUGGUCCACCAGGUCCUGGUCAAGAAAAUUUAAAUGCUUUACAAAAAGCUAUUGAUUCUAUGGAAGAAAAAGGUCUUCAAGAAGAUCCACGAUAUUCGCAGUUGAUAGCGCUAAGAGCACGUCAAGGAAAUAACAUGGGAGAGAAACAAACGUUCAGUGCUCAGCAGUUACAACAAUUACGAGUACAAAUAAUGGCUUAUCGUCUAUUAUCGAGGAAUCAACCUUUGUCUCAACAGUUGGCACUUGCUAUUCAAGGUGGAGCACCACCCCCAGGUAUGACUCCACGACCUAUGGAUCCAUCUCAAGGACCAGCUACUACUCCAGGACCACAAAUUCCUGGUCCUAAUGUAAUAGGACCUACAGGUGCUCCGAGGCCAGGUUGUCAAACACCUCAACAACAACAGCCACCUCCGCAAGGUGCUAAAACUAAUAGAGUAACGAGUGUUCCUAAGCCAGUAGGAUUGGAUCCAUUGUUAAUUUUACAAGAACGAGAGAAUAGAGUGGCUGCUCGUAUUACGUUAAGAAUGGAACAACUUAGUAAUUUGCCAACAAAUAUGCCUGAAGAUUUACGUAUUCAAGUGCAGAUUGAAUUACGUAUGUUAAGGGUACUUAAUUUCCAACGACAACUUAGAUCUGAGAUAAUAGCAUGUACUCGAAAAGAUACAACCUUAGAAACAGCGGUUAAUGUAAAAGCUUACAAACGUACGAAAAAGCAAGGUUUGCGAGAAGCAAGAGCCACUGAAAAAUUAGAAAAGCAACAGAAGUUGGAAGCUGAACGUAAACGUAGGCAAAAACAUCAAGAAUUUCUUAGCUCGGUACUUCAACAUGGUAAAGAUUUUAAAGAAUUUCAUAGAAACAAUGUGGCUAAAUUGGCUAGACUCAAUAAAGCUGUGCUCAAUUAUCAUGCGAAUGCUGAACGCGAACAAAAGAAAGAACAAGAACGUAUUGAAAAGGAACGUAUGCGUCGUCUUAUGGCUGAGGAUGAAGAAGGAUAUAGGAAAUUGAUUGAUCAAAAGAAAGACAAACGUUUAGCAUUCCUUUUAUCGCAAACUGAUGAAUACAUUAGUAAUCUUACUGAAAUGGUUAAACAACAUAAGAUUGAACAGAAGAGAAAACAAGUUGAAGAACAGAAACGUAAAAAAAAAAAGAAGAAACUUCAAGAUGGAGAAAUUAAUGAAGAUGGUACUCCAAAUGAUGACACUCGUGUCGGUGUUAUCGAAAUAGCAACGGGUCGUACUUUAACUGGUGAUGAAGCACCACUGAUGAGCCAACUUUCAGCAUUCUUAGAAGCUCAUCCUGGAUGGGAACCAAUCGAUUCCGAAAGUGAAGAUGACGAAGAAGACGAAGAAGAUGAAAACAAAGAAAAACCAAUGGGUGAUUCCGAAGAAGAGAAAGUGAAAAAAACGAUACAUAAAGCCAAGGUCGAAGAUGACGAGUACAAAACAGAAGAACAGACAUAUUAUAGUAUAGCGCAUACUGUUCACGAAUCUGUUACAGAACAAGCUUCAAUUAUGGUUAACGGCAAAUUAAAAGAAUAUCAGAUUAAGGGAUUGGAGUGGCUAGUAUCAUUGUUUAAUAAUAAUCUUAAUGGUAUUUUGGCGGAUGAAAUGGGUCUCGGUAAAACUAUUCAAACUAUAGCAUUAGUCACAUAUCUAAUGGAGAAGAAGAAAGUAAAUGGCCCAUUUUUGAUCAUCGUUCCAUUAUCGACACUUUCUAAUUGGGUUCUCGAGUUUGAAAAAUGGGCACCUAGCGUUGUGGUUGUAUCUUACAAGGGGUCACCAGCUGGUAGACGUGCCAUUCAAUCUCAAAUGCGAGCAACUAAGUUUAAUGUUUUGUUAACAACAUAUGAAUACGUUAUUAAGGAUAAGGGUGUCCUGGCAAAAUUGCAAUGGAAAUAUAUGAUCAUUGACGAAGGUCACAGAAUGAAAAAUCAUCACUGCAAAUUAACACAAGUGUUGAAUACGCAUUACUUAGCACCCCAUAGACUUCUGUUAACUGGUACACCACUUCAGAACAAGCUACCUGAGUUAUGGGCUUUGUUGAAUUUCUUAUUGCCUUCCAUAUUUAAAUCUUGUAGUACUUUUGAACAAUGGUUCAAUGCACCUUUUGCAACAACCGGUGAAAAGGUCGAGUUAAACGAGGAAGAAACUAUCUUGAUUAUUCGUCGUUUGCACAAAGUUUUGCGACCAUUUUUACUGAGACGUUUGAAGAAAGAAGUCGAAUCUCAGUUACCUGACAAAGUGGAAUAUAUUAUUAAAUGUGACAUGUCUGGACUCCAGAAAGUAUUAUACAAGCAUAUGCAGAGUAAAGGUGUUUUACUGACAGAUGGUUCUGAGAAAGGCAAACAAGGCAAGGGUGGUGCCAAAGCUUUGAUGAACACUAUUGUACAAUUAAGAAAAUUAUGUAAUCAUCCUUUCAUGUUCCAAGCUAUCGAAGAAAAAUAUUGUGAACACGUUGGUACUCAAGGAUCUGGUGUUAUCACUGGACCAGAUUUAUAUCGCGCAUCUGGAAAAUUCGAACUUUUGGAUCGGAUCCUUCCAAAAUUGAAAGCAACCAAUCACAGAGUAUUGCUUUUCUGUCAAAUGACACAGUUGAUGACGAUUAUGGAGGAUUAUUUAAGUUGGAGAGGAUUUAUGUAUUUAAGAUUAGAUGGUACAACCAAGGCUGAAGACAGAGGGGAUUUAUUAAAAAAAUUUAACGAUCCUGGCUCAGAAUAUUUCCUAUUUUUAUUGUCCACGCGUGCUGGUGGUCUCGGUUUGAAUUUACAAGCUGCUGAUACUGUAAUUAUCUUCGAUUCUGAUUGGAAUCCGCAUCAGGAUUUACAAGCUCAAGAUCGAGCACACAGAAUCGGUCAGAAAAACGAAGUACGCGUACUCAGAUUGAUGACCGUAAAUUCCGUCGAAGAAAGAAUCUUAGCUGCAGCUCGUUACAAAUUAAACAUGGACGAGAAAGUUAUACAAGCUGGAAUGUUCGAUCAGAAAUCAACAGGUUCGGAGCGUCAACAAUUUUUGCAAAGUAUUUUGCAUCAGGACGAUGCAGAGGAUGAGGAAGAAAAUGAAGUACCGGAUGACGAGACGGUUAAUCAAAUGAUUGCGAGAACGGAAGGUGAAUUUGAGAUAUUCCAAAAAUUAGAUUUAGAAAGAAGAAGAGAGGAAGCGAAAUUAGGACCAAAUAGAAAGUCAAGAUUAUUAGAGGAAGCUGAAUUACCUGAUUGGCUUGUCAAAGACGACGAUGAAGUUGAAAGAUGGACUUACGAAGAAGAUGAAGAAAGAUACCUUGGAAGAGGUUCAAGGCAACGUAAAGAAGUUGAUUAUACAGAUAGUAUCACCGAGAAAGAAUGGUUAAAAGCCAUUGAUGAUGAUGGUGCGGAAUAUGACGAGGAAGAAGAGGAUGAUAAGAAAAAGAAAAAGACGAGAAAACGAAAGAAAAAGGGAGAGGAGGAUGACGAACCUAUGCCAAAGAAAAGAAGAGGGGCUGGAUCAUCGAUUGAUCCUAAGAUGAAACGUGCUAUGAAGAAAUUAAUUAUGGUUGUUGUUCAUUAUACCGAUAGUACCGAUGGUAGAUUACUAAGUGAACCGUUUAUGAAACUACCAUCUAGGAGGGAGUUACCUGAUUAUUAUGAAAUUAUAAAGAAACCUUUAACUAUUAAUAAAUUGUUACAAAAAAUUGAGGAAGGCAAAUAUGCCGAUUUUGACGAAUUGGAGAAAGAUUUUAUGCAAUUAUGCAAAAACGCACAGAUUUAUAACGAAGAAGCUUCCCUUAUUCACGAAGAUUCAAUAGUUUUGCAAUCUGUAUUUACAAAUGCGCGACAACGUUUGGAGGAAGAAGGAAAUAUUUCCGAUUUGGAUGACAAAGACGGCGAAGAAGGAUCUGACGCUGAUUCCAGUGUAAGAAUGAAGAUUAAACUUAAAGGUAGAAAAAGUGAGGGUAGAGGUGGUCGUAGAAAAAGGGUUACAAAGAAAUAUAUAUCCGAUGAUGAUGACGACGCAGAUGAUAAUUAAAUAACAUGAAUGUAAUUAUAUUUAAUUAUAGGCAAGCUUUAACCUUUACGGUAAUAUUCAAAACUAUUUAUCUUAUAUUUUCUUUUUCUUUUUUGUUUAUACUCUUUCAUCUUUAUUAUGUGAAACAGUAUACUUCGUCUCUAAGGUCGAUUGUUGUAUGUAGGAUAAUUAUAUAAACUUUAUAAAAUUACUCUA